AUGUCCAUUGCCCCUUGUCCAGGUUCAUACUUCAUACCCCAUCAUCCGGUGUUUAAGGGCUCGCUAACUUCGAGCAAGAUACGAGUUGUUUUCGAUGCAUCUGCAACGGCAUCAAACAAGCUUUCGUUAAACCAAUGUCUGCAUACCGGCCCUAAGUUGCAACAAGAUAUCAUCGAUAUUCUUCUACGGUUCCGGGUACACAAGUACACUUUCACUGCUGAUGUAUGUAAGAUGUACCGCCAGAUUCUGGUACAUCAACAAUACCGGUCAUUUCAACACAUACUUUGGCGGGCGUCAACAACGGACGAACUGAAGGAGUAUCAGCUUAACACGGUCACCUAUGGCGUGAAUUGUGCCCCCUACUUGGCCUUAAGAGUGCUUCAAGACAUAGCUGAACAAGAGGGCAGUGACUUUCCGACAGUCAAAGACGCGUUGUUGCAUCAGACAUAUGUCGAUGACGUUUGUGUCGGAGCUGAUACUUCCAAUGAACUCUUAAAGUUGCAGUCAGACUUGCAAUUAGUCCUGGGCCGCGCCGGUCUGGACCUCAAAAAAUGGUCAAGUAAUUUGCCAUCUAUAUUGACAGCCGUGCCUUUGGAGGACCGUGCUUCUGACGUCAUUCAUUUCGACGAUAAGGAGGGUGGUGUGACAAAGGUUUUGGGUCUUCAAUGGAAUCCCUCGAUGGAUGUGUUCGGAUUCAACGUAUGUCCAUCAUCACACACUCCAACCAAACGUACUGUUCUGUCCACCAUCGCGAGAAUUUAUGACCCGAUCGGAUUUCUCGCUCCAGUCAUAUUUUAUGAAAAGCAUAUCAUGCAAAGGAUUUGGAAGGCGAAUGUAUCCUGGGACGACCCUCUACCACCAGAUUUGGUCAAUUGUUGGUCCGUGUUUGUCGACAGUCUCCCGGCAGUAUCAAAUGUAAAGGUUCCUCGUUUCCUAUCCACGCAAUUGCAGUCUCGCGUUCAGCUGUGCGGCUUCUGCGAUGCGUCAGAAAAGGGUUACUCGGCAGUAGUGUACUUGCGCACAGUCACACACAAUCACUCUGUCUCUAUUUCGCUACUUGGAUCCAAAACCAAAAUGGCUCCUGUAAAGACUUCCACUGUGCCUAGACUCGAGUUAUGUGCCGCUGUCCUACUUGCUCGGUGGCUGUACCGCCUUCUGACGAUAUUACAGGAUAAACUGAACGUAGACUCUACCUUUGCUUGGUCUGAUUCACAGAUAGUUUUGUCCUGGUUAGUCAAACCUCACUCUAUGUUCAAAGUGUUUGUCUCCAAUCGUGUGCAUCGAAUACAUACACUUCUUCCACAUUGCCAAUGGGGAUAUUGUGGUCCGAAAUUUUUAUAUGCAAAUGUCGAUACUUGGGACACGUCUCCAACUCCCAUUCCAGUGGAACAAUUACCUGAUACUAAGAUCGUAUCCCUUACCGUAACUGUUGGUGAACCAUCUGAAUGGAUUUGUCGAUUUUCCUCGUAUGAACGCAUGCUUCGUGUCAUAUCGUGGGUACGCCGUUUCAUUUUUCGCUGUAAGCGUAAGGAGUACCCACUCGCCUUCUUGCAGGCAUCUGAGCUUCAGGAGUCACUUGUCAGUAUUGUCCGAGUAUCUCAGCGUCUAUUGUUGUCUGGAUUGUUCAUCACCCUGGAAUCGGACCGAACUCCAUCACGCUCAUACGCUCGUCUCCGCCCAUUCAUUGACUCCAACGGACUGAUCCGCAUUGGCGGUAGACUACAUCACGCCGAUUUACCAACUCUUCAGAAGCAGCCCAUGCUGUUACCCAAGACGUCACACUUAGCUAAGCUGAUCGUUCGACACUGGCAUUUAGUUACGUGUCAUUCUGGACCCAGGGUUAUAACCGCUUUGAUAACCCGUAACUUUUGGAUAAUGUCAGUUCGUGUUGUCAUUCGUCAGACUAUUGGGUCAUGCACCACCUGUGUUCGAGCUAUCGCUCAAUCUCCGCAACCUCUGAUGGCAGAUUUGCCUGCAGCCCGUGUUCAAGUAUGUCAGCCUUUCUCCAAAGUCGAAAUCGACUAUGCCGGCCCCGUUCCAAUGAGAGAAUGCCGCCUACGGAAUCCUAGAGAGAGUACAAGGUCUACAUAG